CAUAUAUGUGUGAGGCGAUAAACUGUGACAGAAAAGAUGAGGAUUAGUGGAAAAAUGAUAACUAUAUCGUCAGCAUCUCUUUUAUUUGUAAUAAUUGUAUGUAGCAACCUUGUCACACAUGUUGAAUCACGGUCUGUUCGCCAGAAGAGAACCAUCUUCCAGCUAUGUACUCUGAUCAACUAUUAUACAAACAGGACAUGUACUGAUUAUAACGACUAUGGUUGCUAUUGUGGUUAUGGACAAGCUGUUGGCAAACCAAGGGAUUAUGCUGAUAUAUGUUGCCGAAAACAUGACAAUUGCUACGGAAGGGCCGAAGACAUUUGUUAUCUGUUUCCACAGAUAGUUUCGAUUGGAUAUACAUGUGAUGAUAACACGAGGCAGUGUCGCUGUACAGAUGCAGAGCCUACCUGUGAACGUACAGUAUGUGAAUGUGAAAUAAACCUAGCUCAUUGUCUGUCUAGGGCACCGUAUCAUAAUACAUAUUACCACAUGGACCGUACCAAGUGUAAUUAAAGACAACCAUACAUAGUGUCAUUACAGUACAAUACCUUGUGUAACUAAAGACCGAAUGAAUCAUUACUUGUGUAUACAUAACAAAAGAACACUUUCGUUUGCGUUACAUCUUAUCCAGUUGCAUUUCCAAGUAACAAAUCUGUCUGUUUUAGAAAAGUACUACUUUUACUUUUGUUUUUAAAUUUAUAUUUCAGUCAGGCGGACAAAUGUUUAUAUUUUAUUUGUGCCGGUAGGGAAAAAUCAUUAGAAGAUCGGAAUAAAAAGUAUAGAAGAUCUAAAAUAUAUAAAUUGGAAUAAACUUUCCAAUAGAAAAAAAUGUUAGCACAAAUAAACCCAUCUUAGACCAAUUAUGUCUGUCUGGGUUGCCAAACGAGUCUGAUGGUGUUGCAUUCUGUUGCUUUGUCUAUUUGUUUUACUAGUAUUAAAAAAUUGAACAUUAAAAAGGUAUAUUUCUACUAUA